AUGAAAGCUGAUACGUACCGCUUGACAGCCGUCGAAGCUCUGCAAGCAUUUGAAACCGGCAGUCUGACGGUUGAGGAAUAUGCUCGAUCUCUACUCAGGCGUAUCGAAGAGCGUGACCACAUUGUAAAAGCAUGGGCAUAUCUGAACCCUUCGCAAGUCUUGCAACAAGCCAAAGCCCUGGACAAAGUACCUAAAGACCAACGGGGCCCUCUGCAUGGCGUGGCCGUGGGCAUCAAAGAUGUCAUAUACACCAAAGGAAUGCCCACUCAACACAACUCCCCAAUCUAUACAGAUUCCCAACCUGAAGUCGACGCCGCCAGCGUCGCCAUGCUCCGACAAGCAGGCGCUCUCAUCCUCGGCAAGACCACAACGACACAAUUCGCAGCCAUCACCGUCGGAACCAAGACGAGCAACGCACAUGACCCGGAGCGAACUCCAGGCGGAUCCUCGUCAGGGUCGGGAGCCGCUGUGGCCGACUUCCAAGUGCCUCUCGCACUGGGUACACAGACAGGCGGCUCCAUGAUUCGACCGGGGAGUUUCAAUGGCAUCUUUGCGUUGAAGCCGACGUGGAACGCGAUCUCCAGGGAAGGCCAGAAGAUUUACAGUCUCAUUUUGGAUACUCUGGGGCUCUAUGGACGAUCAGUUGACGAUCUCAAGCUGUUGGCUGAUGUAUUUGGCAUCAGAGAUGAUGAGCCUCCAGCACCGCUCAGCAAGGGUGUUUGCGGCUUGAAGUUUGCUUUCCUUAAGACGAUGGUCUGGAAGCACGCUGGACCUGGGACACGGAAUGCCUGGGAGGAAGGCAAAGAAUUGCUGCGAAAUGCCGGCGCAGAAGUGAUUGACAUCGACUUCCCUUCCGAGUUCGACAAGCUCCCCGAGUGGCACACCUGCGUCUUAUUUAAAGACGGCUCCGUAGCAUUUCGGCCAGAGUACAAAGUGGCCAAGGACCAGCUGGACUCCAGUCUGGUGGACUUCGUAGAUGAGAAGCAUGGCUACAGCCGGAAGGACUAUCUCCAGGCCUUCGACGGCAUAUCUGCGCUCCGACCGAAGUGGGAUGAUAUCGCUGAGCAGUAUGCGGCGGUCGUGGUUCCUUCGGUUCCUGACGAGGCGCCGAAGGGAUUGGAGAGUACAGGCAGUGCUGUGUUUCAAGGGAUCUGGACGGCGUUGCACGCGCCGAUCGUCAACAUACCUGGUUUCAAGGGCGAGAAUGGUUUGCCCGUUGGACUGAGUCUUACUACUGCUCGGUUCAAGGAUCAGGCGCUGCUCAGUGUCUCUAAGCAGGUGGGAGAGGUGUGGGUCAGGCAAAGUUGA